AUGGUAUUGCCUGGACUUUUCAAAUCACCAACCAAUCACAGCCACACCUCCACCACACUCCAGACCCCUCGAUCUGCUCUAUCCGCAGCCCCAUCAUCGCGAAGUACCACCACCUCCCGCCUACACACGCCGAACAAGAGCCCUUCGCACUCCUCGGAAGACUCUCCUGUAUGCGACAAGCUUGAUCAUUCUUAUAUUCGCGAAGAGGCCCACCUUCGAACCAUCGCUGCCGAAAGCCCGGAUCUCCGGAAGUUAAACAACAGCCUCGUUGCUCUCGCAGCGAUUUUCCCAGAUGUGCAAGUGGAGGUUUUCCGGGAGAUGCUCUCGAGCUUCAGCGAGGAAUCUAGAUUGGCAGUUGUCACGGAGGCUCUCUUGAAGGAUAAGAUGAAGUUUGCCCAAGGACGAAAUAAGGUUGCCGGCAAGGAGGCAGCCCACAUACAUAGCAAAGCUUCAGGAUUGGUCUCGCCAGGACAAGUCCAAACCGAGGAGAAAUUUAGGACUACUGAAUACAAGGAAGCCGCGAAAUCCAUCGCAUACCACGAAUUCAAAGGUCUUCCCAAAUCGACGAUACUCGCCGUCUUGGCCGAGCAUAAUUACGCUUAUUCGUUAGCCAGACCGACACUUGUUACAUUGUCUUCCAAGUCCUGGCGUUAUUCCAUUUCCUCGUUGUUUUUGCGUAGAAAACCGGUCGCAUACACCGAAGCAGAACAUCAUCCUCUCAUAAUAUGGCAGUCGACUGGUCAUGGAUCCAUCCUGCCAACUCUGAAGACUACAGGAUCACCAGAGCUUGACAAAGAGCUAUUCGAGACACUUAUACUACCAAUACAACAACGAUUAUCGGCGGAGCAGGAGGCAAAGGAUCACGCCAUUGCUUUGCAGCUCAACGACAAGGAGGCUGAGGCAAAUGGUGGAUUACAUGAUUGUGGAUGCUGCUUUACUGCCACGGCUUUCGAAGGAUUAUCUGCUUGCGAUUAUGGAGGUCAUUUUAUUUGUUUCCGAUGUGUCAGGUAUUCCGUGAAAGAGGCUGUAUUUGGCCAAGGAUGGCAACGUAAUAUCAAUGUGGAAAGUGGAACCUUGCGAUGCGUCGCAGCAAUGAGUGAUGAGUGCAAAGGAUGCAUCUCUCAGGAACUCAUACGUCGAGCAUUCGACGAAGACCCAAGCGAGAAAGAUGUGGUCCGAAAACUCGAUGAACGUCUCAUCGAGGACAAUCUCCUCAAAACUCGACUCCCUCUUAUACGAUGUCCAUUCUGCAGCUAUGCUGAGGUGGAUGAACUAUACCUCCCGGAAACUCAACGAGCAUGGCGUGUGAAACGUGCCGGAAGCUCAUUUCUUUAUUCCCUCGUGUUUUUGAUUUUAGGCGUUAGCAUGAUACCCUUCCUUGUACCUGUUUUUCUACUGUUUUCCUUUCUGUUCUUGCUCAUUUCUUCUCGACAGACCUUUCGUGACUUUGCGAUUGGUCACUUUACUGCUUCUCUUACUCGCAUCCGACGCAAGAAUCACGGACUCAGGUUUGUAUGUCAGAAUUCGGAAUGCGGACGAGCAUCUUGUUUGUCGUGCUCUAAAGCAUGGACGGAUAUCCAUAUCUGCCAUGAAUCUUCUCUCUUGGCUCUACGAACUCAAGUCGAACUCGCCAUGUCACUAGCGAUCAAACGGACUUGCCCUCGCUGUAAUACUUCCUUUGUCAAGUCAUCGGGCUGCAACAAACUCACUUGCAUAUGCGGCUACCAAAUGUGCUAUGUGUGCCGAAAAGACAUUGGCAACGGAGAAGGCUACCGACAUUUCUGUGAACAUUUCCGGCCUAAUGGCGGAAGGGGAUGUACCGAGUGUGCUAAAUGCGAUCUGUAUCGCUGUGAGGACGACGAUGUAGUCGUCAAAAAGGCCAAGGAAGAAGCCGAGAGACAAUGGAUGGAGAAAGAAGGCACGGACCUGGGCGGUGACGAGAAAGUGCGAAAGGUUCUUGAAGAGAAAUGGAAAAAAGACGGUGAUGCCUCUUGGUGGGAGAGUAGACGUUGGCAGUGGGAGAUGCCCGAUGGCCAAAGUAUGCUUGAUGCCUUUGUCGAGGCAGUGGUUGAAUGA